CUUCCUCUGUAUCAUCACAGUUUAAAUGUACAACUACAAUCAAUGUUUUUGUAGCGCAACAAAUUUGGUAUUUAAACAAGUAUGUUUUUAGAAAUACUCAAGUGAAAAAUACGCCCUGCCGGCUUAGGACGUGUGGCACCUGUGUGGUUUCUUACCGGAAGUUAAUAGAGAACGGACUGCUCGAUUUAUGGAGUUUCGACGAACGUAUUUGUUGUGAGAGUUUCUCUCCGAGGCGGUUUGAGCAAAAUGGGACACUUGAGAGCGUUUGUGAGCACAACACUGGUGUUCCUGAUAUUCGAGUCGUGUCUGGUGUGCUGCGACAUAACAGACGGGAACACAGAACAUCUGAAGAGGGAGCACUCGUUAAUGAAACCGUACCAGGGUGUUGGCAGCAGCCCUACAAGUCAGUGGGAUUUCUGGGGAAGCACUUUGGUGACGAGCUCGUAUGUUCGACUCACUCCGGAUGAGAGGAGCAAGCAGGGGUCCAUCUGGAACACAGUGCCAUGUCACCUGAAAGACUGGGAGAUGCACGUGCAGUUUAAAGUUCACGGGUCGGGAAAAAAGAAUCUCCACGGCGACGGCAUCGCUAUCUGGUACACAAAGGACAGGCUGCAUCCAGGCCCUGUGUUUGGAAACCAGGAUCAGUUUGUUGGCCUGGCUGUUUUUUUGGAUACCUUCCGCAAUGACCUCCAUGGAAUGGAUCGCUCCUUCCCCUUCAUCUCUGCAAUGGUCAACAACGGCUCGGUGAGUUACGACCACGGCAAGGACGGCCGGUCGUCAGAGCUGGGAGGCUGCUCGGCCGAGAUCAGGAACCGGGAGCAUGACACGUACCUCGCCAUCCGCUACUCCAAAGGAAGACUCACCGUGAUGGUCGAUGUGGAUGACAAGAAUGAGUGGAAGGAGUGCAUCGACAUCGGAGGAGUUCGUCUUCCCACCGGAUAUUUCUUUGGAGCCUCAGCAGCUACGGGAGAUCUUUCUGAUAACCACGACAUCAUCUCCAUGAAGCUGUACCAGCUGAUGGUGGAGCACACGCCCGAGGAGGAGAACUUGGACUGGACCAAGAUCGAGCCCAGCGUCAGCCUCCUCAAGUCCCCAAAAGACAACAUUGACGAUCCCACCGGAAACUUCCGCGGGACGCCCCUCACCGGCUGGAAGGUCUUCCUGCUGCUGCUGUGCGCCCUGCUGGGCAUCGUGGUGUGCGCCGUGGUGGGAGCCGUGGUCUUCCAGAAGAGACAGGAGAGGAACAAGAGGUUUUACUGAGGACGGACGAGACGAGCUGCGUGCUGGACUGUGAAUUCUUUUCUAAAGAUUGUACAAAUUGUUUAUACGUUUGAAGCACUGCGUUGGAGGAAGUUGCGGUAACUCGUGUGUGAUCGAUGCUGUUCCUGUCCUCCGUGUCUCUGUGAGCACAAGUAGACUUACUGUCUUCAGAUAGUUGGUGAAACUGGAGUCUGCAGCCUUUUCAGCUUUUCUCUGCUGCACCAGGUGGUAUUUUAGAUUUUUGUUUUCUUCUUUCCGGCUUGUUUUGUGCGUUUGUUCACUGGAAGAGGACAUUCGCUGCUCACACGGUCACGCGUCGCGUCGUGUCUGCUGAUUUGACCUUCACUUUGUUCUGACUUUCAGAAGAUAACAUUUUCAGUUUCGAGUUCCCUCACGCCGUGUACACACUGAAGGAACCACGAUGGAAGCGUACUCAUGCGUACAGCAGUACUGAGUACUUCAUGAUCCUGCAGUUUGUCUUCUUGUCUGAUUUUGAUUUGGUCUCCUGUCAGUCCUGUUCUGUUUUUUGUCUUUUGUGAUGACAGAGUUUUGUUGUUGUAGCUGCUUUCUUUGGACUCCUCAGCCAUGCUAACGCUUUGUCCUCCUCCCAGUUCCUCGGUUCAGUUCAGACGGGUACCAGGAUAAGGUUUUCACUCAGCCUGAAACUGACGACUGUUUAAUCAGGUGUCGUUCUCACAUCAUUGAAGCCAGAGAUUGUCAGAAAUCUUAGAAAAUAUGACAGUUUCCCAAAGCCCAAGUCGACACUGUAUAUGCAAACUGUUUAACUAACACAUUAAAACUCCUCAGAUCUGAGUUAGUCAGCUGAUUGACUUUCAUCCUUCCAAAAACUGUGGCACCACGUCUGCCAAUCCUCUAACGCUUUGUUUAAUUACACAGAAAUAUUUCGCAGCACGUGGCAGAGGAUGAAAAGCUUUACCAUCUGACAGGAUGUCGAAGUCCAAGCUUCUGGCUUUUCCCUGCAGGCUCUUGUGAGCUGCAGUUUGAGCUUUGCAUCCUGAACAUAACGUUCAGUGCGUUUUUCUUUUGGCUCAACAAAACUAAAUUGUGGUAAAAACUUGUGAUCAACUUUAGUGCUGUGGUAUAAUGAAUAUUGGAGUGAAACGGGUGUGAUAAAUGAAUGCAGUGAAUCAUGAAGCUCUUUCAGAUUCCAGAAGAGAUGUUGGACUGUCUGAAGGCCCACGAACACCGACAGCCCUGACUUUAACUUCUCUAAAUGUUGUGUCUCUCCAUAAUGGAUCAGUAAUGACAACGUAAGGAGUUGAUAACACACGUGUACUUAACUGCAGGUUGUCCUUAUUAUUUUAAUUUCUAAGUUUUAUCUCCUGUCCCAUGUUCUCGAAACUGUUCUGUUUAUUUCUGCCACGUCAGUCAGUUUUGUGAUGAGACUUGAAACAGCUUCUCUCAUCAGAGAUGAUGUAUUAAAGUGAAAAACUGUUUGACUGUGAA